UUUACCAGAAAGCACAUGAUGAUGAUGAUGAUGCUGAUGAAGGCAGUGUUGGCUGGAUGUGUGAUUGUGUGUGUGUUUCCCGCUCAUGGCGUGUGUUUCUCUCGUGGUGCGAGUGUCUCAUCGUGUGUGAACAUGAAGCCCGGCCACAUCAGCUCCUUCCCACAGCACACACACUCCUCCGUCACCAUACGCACCAGCAGAUCAGUGUACCUGCCACAACACACACUCACAGUAACGGUUCAGAGUUCCCGGGCGUUUAUGGGGUUUCUGCUUCAGGCUCGCUCUGUUCUGGAGGACCGGCUGGUCGGCGGUGAGUUCAUGCUCCACCCUCCCAGCACACACACACUGUCCUGCCUCAGUGCAGACGACACCGUCACACACUCGGACAAGAUGCUCAAGAGGAAUCUGUCGUUCAGCUGGAGGGCCCCGACACAAUCCAGCGGAGACCUGCGCUUUUACAUCACACUGGUUCAGUCCUAUUUUGUGUACUGGACUCGAAUCAGAUCGGCAGUGGUGCAUGAUGGGACACGUAGUUCUCUGAUCACUGACAGCAUUACAGGACAACCAGCGGUGAACACGACAGGUGAUUAUGACCAGACCAGCACACACACAUUAUAUACACAAUAAUAGUUAAUGGACCUGAACUUGACUUGGGUUUGAAAGAACCUAGUAACCAACUAGAAAACUCUGCAUAAGCAAUAAUCUAGAAUACCCUAGCAACU